AUGAAGUUCUCUUCCAUCCUCACCGGCUCCCUCCUGGCCAGCGCCGCCAUCGCCGCUCCUCUCACCGAGAAGCGCCGCGCUCGCAACCUCGCCCGCCGCUCCGACAAGCAGCGCCAGACCAACCCUCCCUACAUCCCCGGUACCAAGGAUGUCCUCAAGCUCACCAACUCCACCGAGACCGAGUACUCCGAGAACUGGGCCGGUGCCGUCCUGAUCGGAUCCGGCUACACCGAGGUCACUGCUGAGUUCACUGUCCCCAGUGUCUCUGCUCCCUCCAGCUCCGGCUCUGGCGGCUACGGCGGUGGCUACGGCGGUGGCUACGGUGGUGGCUACGGCGGCGGCUACGGUGGUGGCGGCCCCGGUGGCUUCUGGAAGCGUCAGGGCGAGGAGUACUGCGCCUCCGCCUGGGUCGGUAUCGACGGUGACACCUGCGAGACCGCCAUCCUCCAGACCGGUGUCGACUUCUGCUACGCGGACGGCCAGGUCUCCUACGAUGCCUGGUACGAGUGGUACCCCGACUACGCCUACGACUUCGACGACAUCGAGAUCUCCGAGGGUGACUCCAUCAAGGUCACCGUCAAGGCCUCCAGCGACACCAGCGGCACUGCCAGCAUCGAGAACCUGACCACCGGCAAGUCGGUCAGCCACACCUUCACCGACGUCUCCGACGGCAACCUGUGCGAGACCAACGCCGAGUGGAUCGUCGAGGACUUCGAGUCCGGUGACUCCCUCGUUGCCUUCGCUGACUUCGGCACCGUCACCUUCACCAACGCCUACGCCAUCUCCAACGGCCAGACCGUCUCCCCCGCUGACGCCACCCUCAUGGACAUCGAGCAGGACAACGAGGUCCUCACCUCCACCUCCGUCGAUGGCGAGACCGUCACCGUCACCUACGUCUAA